CAAGACGGUGGAGCGGAUGCGGCAGGAGAGCGGCGCCCAGAUCAGGGUGUUCCGGAACAGGGAGCAGCUGCCGCCUUGCGCCUUGCAGGGGGACGAGCUCAUCCAUAUAAGUGGGAGCUUUUCUGCAGCAAGGAAAGCACUUUUAUUAGUUUCAACCUGCCUCCAAGAUAAUCCUAGGCCAGAUACAAUGAGUUUUCCGGCUGGAAGAACAUUUGGGCCUCCAGGCAGUGGAUGUCCACCUGGUUUGGAUCCUCAUUCUCAAAGAAGCUAUUUACCACCACAUAUACCUGAUUAUCAUGCAAGGAAUUUUCCAAGCAAUGUUGCUGCCCCUGGUCCUAGAUUCUUUGUUGAACAAGAGGUAAUGUUCAGAAUGAUAUGUUUAAAUGAAAUGGUGGGCAGCAUAAUUGGAAAAGGUGGUGCCACUAUCCGUGCAUUACAGAGUGAAACUGGUGCUUCUGUCAAGGUUAUAGACGCUGUUCCUGAUACAGACGAUGUCAGGGACUAG